GGUGCUGUGCUGUGUUGAGGUAUGUUGCUGUCCUGUCUGUGAGGGGAUCAGAACUUCCCUGGAAUGAGAUGGAUCCCACAGAAGAGACACCCAAGAAAAACAACAUAGAACAUCUAAUUGCUGACAGGCGGGAAGGAAUUGGUGUCUGUGGAUGGAUCCUGGUUUCCAUAUCUUUCCUGUUGGUGCUCAUAACCUUUCCUAUUUCCAUCUGGGCGUGUAUCAAGGUUGUCAGAGAAUACGAACGUGCUGUUGUAUUUCGUCUGGGACGUAUACUGUCUAAGAAAGCCAAAGGACCAGGUUUGAUUCUCAUACUUCCAUGUACAGAUACGUUUAUCAAGGUUGACCUUAGAACUGUUACGUGUAACAUUCCUCCACAAGAGAUUCUGACAAAAGAUGCUGUUACUAUUCAGGUGGACGGGGUGGUGUACUACAGGAUCCACAGUGCAGUCUGUGCCGUUGCCAAUGUCAAUAAUGUACAUUCAGCCACCUUCCUAUUGGCACAGACAACCCUGAGAAAUGUGCUGGGUACACAGACCUUGGCUCAGCUCCUGGCUGGUCGAGAAGAGAUUGCACACAGUAUCCAGGCCAUCCUUGACAAUGCCACAGAGCAGUGGGGAAUCAAACUGGCUCGUGUGGAGAUCAAAGAUGUCAGGAUUCCUGUGGCCAUGCAGAGGGUGAUGGCAGCCGAAGCAGAGACUACACGACAAGCAAGAGCUAAGGUUGUGGCAGCACAGGGAGAGAUGAAUGCUUCUAAAGCCCUCAAGCAGGCCUCCAUGGUGCUGGCCGAGUCUCCAGCAGGUCUUCAGCUGCGCUACCUGCAAACGUUGACAACUGUGGCAACAGAGAAUAAUUCCACUAUUGUCUUCCCUCUGCCAAUUAAUUUGCUUGAUGGUUUUGGGUGGAAAAAUAGAGGGGGAUAGAGAUUGAUCUACACUAGCUGCUUGGAUUGGGGUUUUAAUUUAAAAGGUUUUAGAUUUAAAGGGUUUCCCAGGAAGCAAAGGGUUCCAGAUUAUCAAAGUAGAGUAAAAUAAAAAUAAAAAAUAGUUUUUAAUAACCACACAUAGCUCUCCCAAGGGGAGACUGCAUUUGAGCAAAGAAAGUUGCAAGAUUCAGGCACUGAGCAGUUUUAUCUUAGACUCGUCUUGAGAUAAAAAGGAGGAAAUUAUGUAAAAUACAUGUUAGACCUAAUAAGAAAAUUUAUUGAUGCUUUCACUGCAUACUGCAUAUGCUUGAGUGUAGCAAUUAUUUGGUGAUUUGUCUGCUAAGCAAGAACCUGUGAGCUCCUGAUGAGCUUACAAAUCUACUCCAUGCAGCAGAAGGGUCAGAUGCUGGUGCAUAAUUCAAGUCCCAGAGAGCACAAGAAAGGAUUUGGCCAUGACCAUGCUUAGUAUUACUUCUUAACUAUCAACAGAAUUAUUGGAUAAUUGAUAUGUCAGUGGAAGCCCUUAUUCUUUAUCACAGAAUCGCAGAAUGGCUUAGGAUUG